AUGGUGGUGCACAACCCUAACAACUGGCAUUGGGUCGAUAAGAACUGUCUCCCAUGGGCAAAGGAAUACUUUGCAACGCAGUUGCCAAAGCUGGAGCUGUCCAACAACCAGUUCAAGAUCACAAACGUCAAUGUCACCGGUGACUGUGAUGUCUCCAACAGAAAGGGCAAGGUGAUCUGUAUCUAUGAUAUGAUUUUAGAGAUCACGCUCCAGUCCGAGGAGACCACAGGUACUUUGAAGGUCAAAGAGUUCAUCCAUGAUGAGCAGGAAUAUGAGUAUGAGUAUUCUAAUUUCGGAUCCACCAAGGCUCUUGUUCAAUCACAGAUUGUGCCAGAGAUCCAAAAGAUCCUUUGGCAGUUCCAAGAGGACCUUAUCAAGUCACAAGAGGAGGAUCUGCAGUUGAAGAACGUUGCUCACGAGUGA